AUGCAGACUUUCUUGCUUUCCCAGCAACUUAAUGCUAGGUCUUUGACAAAAAACUUCAUGGAUUGUCCGGCAAAUGCUACUAUUUGCAGUGGUACAUCUUGUGUGUUACCAGAAGAUGAUUUUAACCGUACUUUGAGUACGGUUUUAAGUACUGUUCUGACGAUCAUGCUGGCUUUGGUGAUGUUCUCCAUGGGUUGCAAUGUGGAAGUUAAAAAAUUCUGGAACCACAUAAAAAGGCCCUGGGGUAUUUUUGUGGGUUUCCUCUGUCAGUUUGGAAUUAUGCCUCUCACAGCUUUCUUGCUGUCACUGGCCUUUAACGUGCUUCCUAUUCAAGCUGUCGUGGUGCUAAUCAUGGGAUGCUGUCCAGGAGGCACAGCCUCCAAUAUCAUCGCUUACUGGGUGGAUGGUGACAUGGACCUAAGCAUCAGCAUGACAACUUGCUCCACAUUGCUUGCAAUGGGGAUGAUGCCACUCUGUCUCUUUGUUUAUACCAAGAUGUGGACUGAUUCUGAUGCAAUUGUACUCCCCUACAACAGCAUUGGAAUUUCACUGGUAGCUCUUGUAAUUCCUGUUUCAUUAGGAGUGUAUGUUAACCACAGAUGGCCUAGGAAAGCAAAAAUCAUACUUAAGGUUGGUUCCAUAGUGGGAGCGAUCCUUAUCGUGCUCAUUGCUGUCGUUGGGGGAAUACUCUACAAAGGCUCCUGGAUUAUCUCACCUAAAUUAUGGAUCAUUGGUACCAUAUUUCCAGCAGCUGGCUAUUCUCUGGGAUUCUUUCUGGCCCGUGUUGCUGGUCUGUCUUGGAACAGAUGUCGUACAGUGUCUCUGGAAACAGGCAUGCAAAACACUCAGUUAUGUUCAACGAUAGUACAGCUCUCCUUCAGUCCUGAACAACUUGAAUUGAUGUUUACAUUCCCGCUCAUCUACAGCAUUUUCCAGCUGUUGUUUGCACUAAUAUUUUUAGCAGGCUACCGUGUUUACAGAAGAUACCAUGUCAAACCGAAGACAGAUGUUGAGAAAACAGAAGAAAAAGAUGAUUCAAAAUCAAUUUCAUCACAUGCUAAAACAAAUGGAGGUUUUGUAUCAAAUGAGACAAAAUAGACAAUAAUAUCUCUGUUCCCAUCAACUGAAAAUAUAUAAGAUAUAUGGUUUACUUAAACUUCUUUUCAGAUGCUGUUGCUUUAGGGAAAUAUUUGGCAAAACAAGGAGUUCUAUGGAUAUUGUACAGUGAGACUUUAAAAUGAUUAACAUAUGAAAGAUUUCUGCUUCAAUUUUGAACGUGGUUUCUGCCACAAUUGCACAAUCUGUUUUGGAAGCUAAUUCCCUAAAAUAUUUAAUGUUUUAUUAUGGUUUAUGUAAAGAAAGAAAGGCAGAAUAAAGGUUGUCUAUUGCUAAAAAAAAAAAAAAAAAAAAAAAAUUUACUUUACUGACUCAGGGCCAUGAUCCUGCAAAACUGUCUACUAGUCUCAGCCCUUGUACCAAAGAGAAAUCUUGCAAAAGUGCCUGAGCAGCAACAGGAGUUGAUGUGGAAGAUCCGAUGAAGCUAUUGGACUUUCACUGAACAUGAAUCAGCCAUGAAAUUGAAACAAGCUAGUAAUGAAAUAAAGUUUUGUUUAGGUCAGUCUGGGCACACUAAAGUCAUUGCACUGUACUAAUUGCUUGAAAUGUUAAUUUAUUCUAAAGUAAUAAGUUUAACAAUGCAAGGUACCUUACAACUCCAUUUUUUUUUGCAUGAAUUAAUAUAAAGCAACAGCUUUGCAUCUUCAGUCUGAGUCUAUUAGGUGCUGGAAACAUGAACAGAGAGAUAAAGCUUAGGGCACAAGCCUAGGGCAGUUUCAGUGACAGCUCUGUACAAAGGCUGAAUUUGGGGAAAUGUAAGAAAAGAACAGCUUCUGCACAGAAAGGGAGGCAUUUGAAAGUGGAAUAAAAUUGUCCCUGAUUCAUCCAGGAGUACAUUCACCACUGUAGAGACAAGAUAGCAGUGUUUGCAGAUAGUCAUAUAUUUCUGUGAUUUUAUGAACUCAGUAAGUUUGAGCUUACCACAUGUCCAUGACAUUACCACAUGUCCAUAACUACACUGAUGUAGUUAAUGACUGUAUUAUUUUAAUUAUAUAAAACACAGACAGAAAUAAUUGGAUGGAAAUAUACAUUAUUUGUCUCUGAAAAUUCAAGGCAUGUGUGGAAAACUGUCCUAAGUGU